AUGUUGCCCGAAUUCACAGUCAAAGUUCAACGGGGCGGGGAGAUUCUCAUCCAAUCAACAGACGGCACAACAGUACCAAUCAUCAUCUCAAAGGACGUUCAGCUCGCUAGUCUGGAUAAUGGGGUAUGCAUCUACAUCCCCAAUGAGAACAUCCCGCAUACAAGAGCUUUGGCAUCGGUGGAUAGAGCUUUACACGAAAGGGACCCAGCCGAUGUCAGAUCUCUCAACGUUAUCCUAGAGAAAAGCCGGCUACUUGCCAAGACGCUCUUUGAACACGGAUUGAAGAAGUGGAAAGACGGCAAGUUAGAACUCAUCAAACCAGUUACUGCAGGCGCCACGGGCGGUCUUGCUGGGUAUUCUAUGGCCGGAUGUUUUGCACUGCACUUUGCGACUACGACUACAACGGUUUCAAUACCUGUCUCAACCUCGGGCGGUGUUGCAACUGCUCUAUCCACGACGACAACCAAGUCACUCACUGUGAAGGCUGGCUUCGCCAAGACCGCAGCGACAGCAAAAGCUACUGCUAGCUCGAAGGCUGCAAUGGCCAGCAAGGCUGCCGUGGCUGGUACGAAGACUGCUGCAGCUGGCACAAAAGCUGGAGUGGUUAGCACGAAAGCUGCUGUAGGUGGCAAAGCACUUAUCGGAGGCAAGGCAAUACUCGUACUGAAGUUUGUUCCAGCUGUUGCUGUUGUGGCUGGUGCAACUUAUGGUAUUUAUAGAUACAGAAAAUACAGCAAACACAGGAAAGCAGAGAAACUGUCAAGGCAAGCUCCGCAGGACGAUAUGGAUGAAGUGGAAGACAGUGAGGAAGAUGAUGAAGACGAGAACAAGGGCGAAGGCAAAGAUUACAGCUCCAUGCAUGAGAAAGGUAUCCUUGUUGGCAUUGAAGACUACAAGCCACAAGAGCAAUGGCUUUGUGCUUCUGCGAGAUCUUCGCGGCAAGUUGUUGUUUGGGAAAGCACUCAAGACAUCCCGUAUCUGAGCAUUCAGAUCCCUGGAUUGAUUCAAAGGAUUGUCUUCACCAUCGAGUCCAAUGAUCAAGGGUGGUGUUCGGAAAGAAGAACCAGUUCUGAUCCUUACCAUGGCUCGUGGACGUGGUUUGAAGCUGGUAUUCAGCGAAGAAAUCCAGAGUCAAGAGCUUUGCCCCGUUGGUCUAUCCAGAAGAAUGUAGCCGCCUCAAGCACACCAAGAAAGCACACAGUCCUUUUCGACAGAAACUCUUCGGAGUUCCAGUUGCAGUGCUGGCUAGCUAUCAUUGAACAGGGAGAUACACUGGAAGUCUUUCCUAAAGCACGUUUCCCUGGGUGGGCGAACCAUGUGAAGAGUAUCGAGAUGAACGUAUUCUACGUCUAA